GGGUCCUUCAGGUAGGAGGUCCUGGGUGACUUUGGACGUCCGCUCACCCUACUGGGGCGUUUUCUUAGUACCGGUCUUGAGGGUUGUUUCUCUUAGACGAGAGGCCUGUUCUGCAACCAUGCUGCGCCAGAUCAUCGGUCAGGCCAAAAAGCAUCCAAGCUUGAUCCCCCUCUUCAUAUUUAUUGGAGCGGGAGGUACUGGAGCAGCACUGUAUGUCUUGCGCUUGGCAUUGUUCAAUCCAGAUGUCAGUUGGGAUAGAAAGAAUAACCCAGAACCCUGGAAUAAACUGGGUCCCAAUGAUCAAUACAAGUUCUACUCAGUGAAUGUAGAUUACAGCAAACUGAAGAAAGAAGGUCCAGACUUCUAAAUGAAAUGUUUCACUAUAAAGCUGCUAAGAAUGAAGGUCUUCCAGAAGCCAUCCGCACAAUUUUCCACUUAACCAGGAAAUAUUUCCCCUCUAAAUGCACAAAAUCAUGUUGGUGUAUUGUAUGGGGUUACACUGAUUAAUAAAUACCUGAAACUUGA